CGCGAUUUGGACGAGAAUCGAGAAUGAGUAGCAAGUCGAUUGGCGAGAAAUAAUCAUCUCAGAGUUUUCUGUUCUUGAUCUCUUACGAAUUAUAUUGUCUCUGUAGUUUAUGUGGAUUUUCGAGGGGGAGAGAAAGGAAUCUUUUGCGAAGAAAAGGGAUCUUCGGGAGAGUUGAGAACAAGGUGUUGAGGAGCAUUUCACUGCGUUUAUUCGCCUGUUGCUCACCGACAGUGAAGCAUCGUGACUUCUUAUUCACGCACAAUGUGAAUGUUGUUUGUCCUGUUGUGAAGGCCCAGAACAGUAUAAGGAUUGAAAGCAGUGAAGUUAUAAAGGAGGAAAUUGAGGCGCAAGUUGAGAAUUUAUUGGAAGAACUCUUUAGUGACAAAGAAGUGAAAGAGAGAAAUAUUGCGGUUGAAAAGUGCUGGCAAGAAGGAGAUUUUACAAGAGAUUCGCACUCGACGGACGAUUUCUACAUGUUUUCUAUGGUGGAGUGUUACACAGAUAUGGGACAAAUUGGCCAAGACUAUAUACUGCAAAGGUAUCCUAUGGAUAAAAUAGACUUGGACCAUGUCUCGCAGGUCAUCGGCUACCAUCCCAGCUACCUGGAGCACUUCCUCAAGACACAGAAGUUCAUCCUGUACGCAGAUGGUCCCCUGCCAUACAACUAUCGCAACUAUUUGGCCAUCAUGGCUGCCUCGCGGCACCAGUGCAGAUAUCUGAUAGAGCUGUACGAGCAGGAGUUUCUGGAGCAGGGCGGCGACCGGAAGUGGCUGGAGGGCCUGGAGCACAUCCCCGCGAAGCUGCGCGCCAUCUACUCGGUGAACAAGAUCUUGGCGCACCGGCCGUGGCUGUUGACCACGGAUCACAUCGAGGCGCUGACGAAGGGCCGCUUCUGCUGGACACUGGCCGAAGUGGUGCACGCCAUCGUGAUCCUGGCGCACUUCCACUCCCUCUCGUCCUUUGUGUUCUCGUGCGGGCUCACGCAGGAGCUCAGCCAGUCUAGUCAGAGCCGGCGCCAGAGCGGCGUCGGCACGCCGGGCAGCCGAUCGCCCACCGAGGAGGUGAAGAGCGUGGAUGAUCUCAUGGCGCGCAUGCGGGAUCUGUCCAGCAGGAACAUCAAGUGCUCGGAGGCGGAGCUCAGCACGCGCUUCAAGACUGUGGAGAUGCAGGCGGCGGAGCUGGCGGCCGGCGCGGCGCGGCUCACGGCGGAAUUGCCACCGAAAAUGUGCCAGUAUGUGGAGGACGCGGCCUUCACGUAUGUGGACUUCGCCAAGCGCGGAGCCGACAUGCCCACCACGUUCCGUGUCCAGGACUACUCCUGGGACGACCACGGAUACUCUCUCGUGAAUAGACUCUACAAUGACGUCGGCUACUUGCUGGAUGCCAAAUUCAGGGCCGCGUACAAUCUCACGUAUUUCACGCUGGCGGGGCGCAGCAAUGUGGACACGAGCAAGUUCCGGCGCGCCAUCUGGAACUACAUCCAGUGCAUCUACGGCAUCCGCCACGACGACUACGACUACGGCGAGGUGAACCAGCUGCUGGAGAAGUCGCUCAAGAUGUUCAUCAAGACGGCGUGCUGCUUCCCGGAGCGCAUCACGAAGAAGGACUACGAUAGUAUUCUGCGCGAGCUGCAGCACAGCGAAAAGGUUCAUGUGAAUUUGAUGAUCUUGGAGGCUCGCAAUCAGGCGGAAUUGCUGUAUGCACUGAGAGAAAUUAUGCGUUACAUGACAUGAUUUCCAACCAAUUGUGUGGAGAGAAAGAGACCCGCAGAGAUCGCGCCAAUCGCGAAGCGCACAAAAACAGAUUAAUUUCUUUAUAUUAUAAUUCGCUCAUGAGACGACAUGAAGAUGCGUCGAGUUACAAAGCGUAGAGUUUAUCUUAUAAAAUUAAAACAAGAACUAUAUUUUAAUGGAUUUUCACAUCAAAAAAAAAACACACACACAUAAAAAAAACACAUUGAGUCGUAAGAGUCACAGUUCGAGUGGAAAGAGAAAGAGAAACACAGAAUAUUUUAUGUACAAAUUGAUAAGAAUGCAUGACGAGAGGGCGACGUGAGGGGAAGGAUGUCUCUUGUGAUAAAGAUUUUAUUCAUAAAUGAGAUGGAAAUCAAUCGUCUUUCCCAGAAACUUUGUACAUGAGAAUAUUGUUGCAUAUCUUUAUAAGUGGAGUGAUUCUUUUUGUGAUCUGCUGUGCCAAUAAACAUUUUAAAAUGAUUUUAUUAAAAACAUUUUGCUACCGUCAA